UACUGAUUUAAAGAUAUUUUUGAAGCAAUUCCGAUAAAGCCUAAGCUAUCAAAAACCAGCAAAACAGAGGGACGAACUUUGAGCAAGUUUAGUGUAGUGUAUAGAAGAAAAUGGGGAUGGUAAUGGCUUGGAAUGGUUACAUGCUUCCUCCUCAAACGGAUAUUGCUCCCGCACGGCGGUUUGUGGGUCGCCGGAAACUCUGUUUUGACGGAAUUUCGUCGGUCUGUACUUCCUCAGGCACACAUCACGAGGAUACCUCCGUUUCACAUCGUCAUCGCGUUUUCAUCAACACGCUGCAUCAACAGCGGUCUUUUUCUGGCUGGAAAACCAGUUCCGACUGCAACAAAGGUGUCUCUUCUCACAUCGGCUGAACAACAGGAGUCCAAUUUCAACAAUAAGCAAGUCCAAGUUUCAACAGCAGCAGUUUUCGAUUUCUACAGCAGUUUUUUUUUAACAGUAGCAGUCCCUAAUGGCAGCAAUCAUCCAGUUCUCACAUCAGGAGAAAACUAUUCACAACUCUCACAAGUUCUCCUUCUCUCUCAAACCUACCAACUAUGGUUAUUGGCGAUCUAUGAUCGAAUCCUUUCUCACAUCUCAUAAUCUCUUUGGUUAUGUUGACGGAACCAUACCAUGUCCCAAACAGAAAGUUACAAACGAGUCUGCAACUACCGAUAAUCCAAGCUACACCCCGUGGAUCUGCAAUGAUGCUCACAUCCGUAUGCUAAUCAUCUCAACAGUUUCUGAAGAUUCCUAUCAGCACAUUCAGGGAAAAACAUCACGUGAGGUAUGGUUGUCUCUUGAACGGGCUUAUGCCCCUGUUACAUUGUCCCAUGAAUUUACCCUUAAAAGUCAACUUCUGAGAAUCACCAUGAAAGGUGAUGAAAAACCGGCAGAAUAUCUCAGCAGGGCUCAAGAGUACGCCACUGCCCUUGCUAACAUUGGAGAACCGGUUAAAGACAAGGAUCUUGUCAUGCUCACUCUUACCGGACUUAGAGAGGAAUACAAUGGUCUCAAGGCCAACUUAUUAGCCCGUGUUCCUCCCGUUUCCUUCCAUGAAUUACAUGGUCUUCUGUGUGACCAUGAUUAUGUCUUUACAAGAAUGAUGACUGCUACCCCCCAUGCUUUCAUGGCAAAUGCUCCUUCGAUUCAACAAUCAUCAUCGACUGCUGCCCCUUCGGUUCAACAACCGAAUAUUGAUCAACUUCAACAACAACUACAAAACAUUCAACUAAUGGCUACUCAAUUGGGUUAUCAACUAAACCCCAUUCAAUCCCCACGGCCUCAAGCUUACUUUGGUUCUCGGUCCUUCAAUAACAAUCGAGGCGGUCGUGGAUCUCGUGGAUCUUCUCGUGGCAACUCACGUGGUGGUUUUAACAACCGCUCUCGGGAUAGCAGUGGCACACGACAGUUUUCUUGGGCUUCCACCCAAAACACUGUUUAUGGUCAUUGCAACAGGUGUGGUAUAGGACAUUUACCAUCUCAAUGUCCAGCUCAAUCGAACCAGUCUCAACCUGCUCCACAGGCCAACUUUACAACACGCUCAGAGGUUGGCCCAUCUUCUGGACCUACUUGGAAGCCCGACACUGGUGCAACUUAUCAUGCCACUCCAGACCUGGCUAGCAUGGAUAGCUCUGAGGCCUAUGAUGGACGAGUCUACACGCACUACCCUCCUUUCGGGCCCCAGUGAACAGGGAUUGUACUCCAUUCGUCUUCCACAACUCAAGUCUUUGCCCAAGGUUGCUUUCACUGCCGUCAAAGCCUCUUCAAACAUUUGGCAUCAACGUUUAGGACAUCCUCAUGCUCAAGUUUUUCGUUCUAUUGUUUCUUAUUGUUCUUUACCUGUUUCGGACUCUAAUUGGAACUCCAAUCUUCAUGCAUUCUCGGACUCUGACUGGGCUGGUUGCCCAGUCGAUCGUCGAUCCACGGGGGGAUUUGCUAUCUAUUUAGGCUCGAAUCUCAUUUCUUGGUCUGCUCGCAAACAGAAAACUGUAUCUCGAUCCUCCACAGUACAAGGCUAUUGCAGACACUGUUGCUGAAUUGAUUUGGUUGAAGUCCUUGCUUCGGGAACUUGGAUUGGAUAGCAUGGCGCCUACACUUUGGUGUGAUAAUCUUGGCGCUACAUACCUCACGGCUAAUCCAGUAUUUCACGCUCGUACCAAGCAUGUUGAAGUUGACUACCACUUUGUUCGUGAACAAGUAACUCAAGGAAAGUUAAAUGUCAAGUUCAUCUCUACUGACGAUCAAAUCGCUGAUAUCUUUACAAAGCCCUUGUCAUCCCAGAAGUUUGAGUUUUUGCGUUCCAAGUUGCAGAUUGCUAACCGCCCUGAACUUGCGGGGGAAUAUUAGCCUAAGUCAGUUUAGACUAUUUGUUAAUUAUUAUUAUUGUCUAGGGUAUUAAAGUGUAAAUAGUUGUUCUUUAUAUUUGGAUGUAAUCCUUCAUUAUUUUCAAGUUUCAAUAUACGAUACCAAUUCUGAUUAA